AUGACGACACGGGGCGCCGGCUUGCAGCAGGUGGCGACGUGCCGGCGGGCAGGUCCGCCGCUGCCUACGUCACGACACGCCCCGGCCACACCCCCUGCAUCGAGCCUCCAGCUCGCCCCCGCUGGAUUUCUCCGCAGGAUGAUCCCCAUAGUUGUAGCUGGCUGCCGAGAUACGCGGGACUCUGGAUUCGACCCUGUGACGCCAGGCACAUGUCUCAAGGUAACUGCUGCAACGCCCGUCAAACUUGCGCAAGGCAGCCCGCAAGCACGUAGGAAACGCCGCCAGAGCCGCGGCACUUCGCAGAAACAGAAAGAAGAAGGGGACAGACAGAAAGAAGAAGGGGACAGACAGAAAGAAGAAGGGGACAGACAGAAAGAAGAAGGGGACAGACAGAAAGAAGAAGGGGACAGACAGAAAGAAGAAGGGGACAGACAGAAAGAAGAAGGGGACAGACAGAAAGAAGAAGGGGACAGACAGAAAGAAGAAGGGGACAGACAGAAAGAAGAAGGGGACAGACAGAAAGAAGAAGGGGACAGACAGAAAGAAGAAGGGGACAGACAGAAAGAAGAAGGGGACAGACAGAAAGAAGAAGGGGACAGACAGAAAGAAGAAGGGGACAGACAGAAAGAAGAAGGGGACAGACAGAAAGAAGAAGGGGACAGACAGAAAGAAGAAGGGGACAGACAGAAAGAAGAAGGGGACAGACAGAAAGAAGAAGGGGACAGACAGAAAGAAGAAGGGGACAGACAGAAAGAAGAAGGGGACAGACAGAAAGAAGAAGGGGACAGACAGAAAGAAGAAGGGGACAGACAGAAAGAAGAAGGGGACAGACAGAAAGAAGAAGGGGACAGACAGAAAGAAGAAGGGGACAGACAGAAAGAAGAAGGGGACAGACAGAAAGAAGAAGGGGACAGACAGAAAGAAGAAGGGGACAGACAGAAAGAAGAAGGGGACAGACAGAAAGAAGAAGGGGACAGACAGAAAGAAGAAGGGGACAGACAGAAAGAAGAAGGGGACAGACAGAAAGAAGAAGGGGACAGACAGAAAGAAGAAGGGGACAGACAGAAAGAAGAAGGGGACAGACAGAAAGAAGAAGGGGACAGACAGAAAGAAGAAGGGGACAGACAGAAAGAAGAAGGGGACAGACAGAAAGAAGAAGGGGACAGACAGAAAGAAGAAGGGGACAGACAGAAAGAAGAAGGGGACAGACAGAAAGAAGAAGGGGACAGACAGAAAGAAGAAGGGGACAGACAGAAAGAAGAAGGGGACAGACAGAAAGAAGAAGGGGACAGACAGAAAGAAGAAGGGGACAGACAGAAAGAAGAAGGGGACAGACAGAAAGAAGAAGGGGACAGACAGAAAGAAGAAGGGGACAGACAGAAAGAAGAAGGGGACAGACAGAAAGAAGAAGGGGACAGACAGAAAGAAGAAGGGGACAGACAGAAAGAAGAAGGGGACAGACAGAAAGAAGAAGGGGACAGACAGAAAGAAGAAGGGGACAGACAGAAAGAAGAAGGGGACAGACAGAAAGAAGAAGGGGACAGACAGAAAGAAGAAGGGGACAGACAGAAAGAAGAAGGGGACAGACAGAAAGAAGAAGGGGACAGACAGAAAGAAGAAGGGGACAGACAGAAAGAAGAAGGGGACAGACAGAAAGAAGAAGGGGACAGACAGAAAGAAGAAGGGGACAGACAGAAAGAAGAAGGGGACAGACAGAAAGAAGAAGGGGACAGACAGAAAGAAGAAGGGGACAGACAGAAAGAAGAAGGGGACAGACAGAAAGAAGAAGGGGACAGACAGAAAGAAGAAGGGGACAGACAGAAAGAAGAAGGGGACAGACAGAAAGAAGAAGGGGACAGACAGAAAGAAGAAGGGGACAGACAGAAAGAAGGGGACAGACAGAAAGAAGAAGGGCAGGGGGGAGAAAAGAGAGAAAGAAGAGGAGAAGAAGGCAAGGAGGAGGAGAAGAAGGCAAGGAGGAGGAGAAGAAGGCAAGGAGGAGGAGAAGAAGGCAAGGAGGAGGAGAAGAAGGCAAGGAGGAGGAGAAGAAGGCAAGGAGGAGAAGAAGGCAAGGAGGAGAAGAAGGCAAGGAGGAGAAGAAGGCAAGGAGGAGAAGAAGGCAAGGAGGAGAAGAAGGCAAGGAGGAGAAGAAGGCAAGGAGGAGAAGAAGGCAAGGAGGAGAAGAAGGCAAGGAGGAGAAGAAGGCAAGGAGGAGAAGAAGGCAAGGAGGAGAAGAAGGCAAGGAGGAGAAGAAGGCAAGGAGGAGAAGAAGGCAAGGAGGAGAAGAAGGCAAGGAGGAGAAGAAGGCAAGGAGGAGAAGAAGGCAAGGAGGAGAAGAAGGCAAGGAGGAGAAGAAGGCAAGGAGGAGAAGAAGGCAAGGAGAAGAAGGCAAGGAGAAGAAGAUAA